GUGCUAAUUGAGUUGUCGUUGCUUAUAGGAUUUGCAAAAGGAUUUAGCCGGGGUAUCAGUUCGGAUGGAAAAUGCGCUACGAGCAUUACGAAACAGAGAAGUUGACCCAGAGAUUCGGAAAGCCCGACAAGGGGACAAGACCUUUGAGAAUUCUAAGGCAACAACCCUCUUUGAUUUUUUGGAUGAAGCUAGUUUACAGCGUUUACAGGAAGAAUCCAAUGGGAGAAUGAGUCGAAUUGAAGAAAUCACAAACCGACUUCAAGAACUGGUUACGUACCUUAUCAACCAAAGAACUGAAUUCAAAGGCUAUUUAUCUAGCGCUAUCACAUUGGAUGAAUCCGCAUUAUCUUUUGCAAGAGAAAAAAUGCAGCUACAGGAGCAGCAUACUUUGACAAUGGCAGAUUCUUUGGUCUCCUUGGCCAAUCACUAUGAUCAAGUCGCGCAAGUUCUGACGGCUGAUAUCCAACCUACUGAAGAGGAGCUCUAUGUACUAAAAAGCGAUACCAAUGAAGUAAUGGUUAUCAUUGGAGAACUUCAGGACUCUCUUGCUUUAGUUCAGGCAACUAGUGAAGAAAUCAGCAUCCGUGAGCAUCUUUAUGCAACAGCAUACCAAGAAGCUGUUGCCAUUUUUAAGAAAAUCGAAGCUCUAGAACCAUAUUUGAGGUCAUUGGUCGAAGUCUUCCGGACAGCAGAGUCACUAGAUGAAGAUUUCCGUUCGACUGAGAAACUGAUUGCGGAGAUCAACAGUCUAGCAAUAUGGUAUGAAGAGUUCCACAACUCUUACGGAGCUCUUACUUUAGAGAUUGUACGUCGACAUCAGGCGCAUGAGGCCCAACAGCAGCUUGCCAGAGACUUCAUUGCUCGGAUGGAGGCUUCUUACGCAGAUGAAAUGUAUAGUCGCGCACUAUUCUCAGAACGGCAUGGCAAAUUUCUUCCAGUAGAUCUUUGUCCUGCGUUUGCUGAUCCGCCUGUUCAAUAUGAAGUUAUACCACAUGGAGAAUGGCGUCUACCUAUGCCCACUCGCGCCACUCUCCAACUUGUAGAGGAAGCCCGCAAUCGAGAUUAUGAUCGAUCUGCGCACGCGUAAAUUAUUAGUGACUGCUACUAUUGAAAGUAAUGUUUUGAAAUGCGAACGCGUAAAUGAAGAAUAAAUGAAAAGUCAAAAUGGUGGCAAAAAAUGGUCA